AUGGCCACCACAUUCGCUCGAUUUACCUUGAAUCCUAUAGAAAAUCUAUGGGGUAGAAAGCGUAUGCUUUCUGAGCAGCGUCCUGAGCUACACGAUCUUGCUGGCAAUGCCAAAACGCGCGCUUGGCUUAUUGAGUGGGCUCAAGAGGGUUGGAUGCAGAUUUUCCUUGAAGAAAUUAGUGAUUAUGGUGAUUCAUGUGUCAACGGUGUAGAAAUCAGCGCUAAUCAUAUUAUAUUUUUGGUUGCCUAG